GCGCGCCUCUCCUGUUACCUUUCUACCCACUCGAUCACGAACAACUCAAGAGGUAUGUACAAGUGACGCUCGUAGCGAUCCGAAUCCAACAGGAUGAUGCCUUUUACCAUGGCAGGGGAGAGCAAUCCUGAGCGUCUCUGGCCGUGAGGCUCGACGAUUGAUGAUUGACGGCUUCACCGACCGGCGACGUCUCUCGAUACGCUUCUCCUCUUCAGCACACUGGGCGGCAGAACCCUCGGCGAUCGAUCGUUGAGGGCACUCUCCUCGCUCAUGGCCUCGAAAGGCUAACCUCGAUUGCUAUGGCAGAUACCUCAUUUCCCGUCUCGAUUUGAGAAUCUCCAACAAACCGCCAAAAUGGUCCGCACUUCCGUUCUCCACGAUGCGCUCAACGCCAUCAACAACGCCGAGAAGGCCGGCAAGCGUCAGGUUAUGAUCCGACCCAGCUCAAAGGUCAUUAUCAAGUUCCUCCAGGUCAUGCAGCGCCACGGCUACAUUGGCGAGUUCGAGGAGGUCGACGACCACCGCUCCGGCAAGAUUGUCGUUCAGCUGAACGGCCGUCUCAACAAGACUGGUGUCAUCUCUCCCCGAUACAACGUCCGUCUCGCCGAUCUCGAGAAGUGGGUCGUCAAGCUACUGCCCGCCCGUCAGUUCGGCUAUGUCAUCCUGACCACCUCUGCCGGUAUCAUGGACCACGAGGAGGCCCGCCGCAAGCACGUUGCCGGCAAGAUCAUUGGUUUCUUCUACUAAACGGGACGGAUAUCAAAAGUUUUAAAAAAGAAAGCCUGGCAUUCUCGGCGUUAGGGGUGGAUUAUGAUGACAAUGACCGAUGCGAUUUUUACAGCCCUCGUGCUGGUCGCACACGCGAGCACUAGUAAUGGAACCUUGACGAGAUGUUCAGAGCCACA